AUGACGAACGGAGACACCAGAACACACAUGGAUUUCUCGGGUGAAGACGAUGGUUCAAUUCCUCUGAAAAGAACCAAUGGCAUCGGAAGUAAUCGUUUCUUGAGUGGAGCAGCAAGUUAUACAAACACCCAUUUAACCCCAUCGACUUCUCUCUCGCUACUCUCACCGGUCGCCUCGACGCAACUACGAACUACUAUCACUGCAUCUGGUCUAACCCUCGAGCCUCGACGAACUGCUGCUGCUGAUUUCUCUCUCGCUGUCUCUCGAUCUUCUUAUCAGUGUCAUCAAGCUGAUAAACUCAAGUGGCAUUGCAAAACGAUGAAUAAGUUGAUUGAUUUUGGGAAGAAAGCCAUGUUCUAUGUUAGGGUUUUAUCAGGUUAUGAAGAACGCCGUAUCAGAUCUUAUCGAUUGGAUCUUGAAAAACGUAUUAUUGAGGCAGAACGGAAGAAAGCAGAGAUUAGAAAGAUCCCUGAACAGCUUAUUUUAUCUGAGGUUAGACAAAUGGUGGAGGAGAUGAAAGCUGUAAACAAGCAGUUAGAGGACACGGAGGCUGCCAUUAAUGAAUACUUCUCACCAGUUGAUAAGCAAGCGGAAAUGAUAGUUGAAAUGCAGCUGAAAGAAGAGGAGAAGACAAUGAAGCAGAUGAUGCAAACCAUGAAAGCACAGGCUUUUCUAGAUCAAGAAGAAGCCCACAAAAAUGCAAAUCUCAAAAUUUCUGAGACAAAACAAGAGACUCCAGACAAUGAUUCCACUAACAUCACCAAAGCUCAAGCAGGAUGAUUAACAAAAAUAUCAUCAAAACUGAUCUUGCAAUUGGAGAAGAUUUGGGGCAUCUGAUGGGGUAAAAUCCGUUUUUUCCUAAACCUAGAUGUUUUAGAAGCUGUGUUGAUUAAGGUGUUUUAGAUGAUGGUUUUGUUGUCCAGUCCUCUAUUUUGGAGAAAGAGGAUUUUUCAUUGAGUUUUUGAAGGUUUGAUCAUAAUUGAUGGUGGAUUGUUGUAAUAAAAGAUGGGUUUUAGGCUUAGAGUGUUGUUACUAGACUAACUAACAUAGGUGUUUUUUAAGAUGCUAAAUUAUGCCAAAAAGUGUUUUCGGUGUUUCUGUUUAUGGGAAAAAUGUGAACCG